AUGCAACAUAAUGAAGAAGAAGAAAAUGGGGAGGAGGAUGUCGUAAAAUGGGCAAGAACACUUCAUCAAUCAAUCAAUAGAUUAAAAAUAAAUCACCUGACUGAAGUUCUAAAUGAAUUAAAUCUUACCAAGGGAUUAGAGUUUAUUAAAAAUGUGAUAAAUUGCCAUGUUGAUGGAGUCAGUUCAAUUUAUGCUGCAGUAGAAGCUGGAUUUGAAGACGCAGUUACACAACUUCUAAAUACUGGUCUGGUUAAUAUUACUCAAAGAAGUCAACAUAACAAUUGGACAUGCCUUCACUUGGCUUGUCAUUUAGGAUUGGCUACAAUGGUUAAAUUGAUUUUAAAGCAUCAUACAGAAGUGAACGUACACCAGCUGUCUACACUCUAUCAGCUGACUUGCAUGCAAACAAAUGAAAAUGAGUCAACAAGUCAAGGCACAGUAUUUCACUUAACAAUUCAAUCAAAGAAUUUAGAAACAUUAAAUCAACUUUUACAUGAUGUUAGUAUAAUAACUAAACUAUGUCAAAAUCAAAGUUUAGAAGGUGAAAAGAAAACGAAAGAAGCAGUUAACAUUAGAAAUUUAAAAUUGUUUGAUGAAUUUUGUACAUUAACAGAUAAAAAUGGGAAUACAGCGUUACAUUGUGCUGUAAUUGACAAAUUGUAUGAUGUGGUGAAUAUAAUCUGUAAAUACCACAAUAAAUCAAUUCGUUUACCAAAUAAACAUGGAUAUACUUGUAUUUAUAUUGCUAAGAAUAUAAUGAAAGAUGUUAAAAUGUUAUCAUUACUAGUUAAUUGUUCAACACCGUCAUUGCUGCACAACAAUAAUAAUCAGCAACAAAAUCCAUUGAAACAAAUGAAUUCAGUUAAGAGUUCAAAAUGUACAACUAUUAAUCAAUUGAAGAAAUCAAAUUUAAAUAUAGGGAAAAAAUCAGAAUUAAUAAAAGCCACUAACACUUAUAAUUCUAAGGACAGAAAAGUUAAGAAAUCCAGAAAUCCCUUGAACCAUUUAACCCUUGAUCAACUGAACAAAAAUUUCAAUGCCAAUAAAUUUUACGCUUUUUCUCAUCAUAAUGACGACUGUCAGUCAAUUCGUACAUUAUCUACAAAAUUUUCAUACUUAUCAAUGAAUCAGAAGUAUUUUAGACCGUUGAGUGGAUUGUCUGGAAAUCGUAUGGAUUUGAAUGAACGAGAAUCAAGCAGAAAUAUCUGUCAAAGUACUGAGCAUGUUAUCAAUGAAGAAUAUCAGCUGGUGCAAAAGCAAAGUGAUACGAUUAAAAAAAACUUAAUCCAGAAUGAUAGCCCAAUCAAUAAAUUUUCCGACUGUUGUAACAAUGAGCUUCACAUUAUCAACACUCUACAUAAAAAUUUGGUUUCCAAAUCCCAUGAAAGUGAACAGCUGAGUAAUCAGCUGAAAACUGAGAAUUACAUUAAAAAUGAUGACUUUCUAUUACAAAAUACCCUUGAAUUACACACCAGUGAGAAAAAAGGGAACAGUGAUGAUGACCAUAAUAUGAACUGCAGUAAUGUGGACGAAGAUGAUUCCGAUGACUACUAUAGAAUGAAUAGUACACGGAAAGGAAUUUGUCUUAUUGUCAACAACAUGAUGUUUUGGGAGUCAGGUUUUCAGAAUCGUCCUGGUUGUGAUAUAGAUGAGAAAAGUUUAGAAAAAGUAUUUGAAUCCUUUAAUUUUCUAGUGAAAUUAUUUCGUAAUCUAUCAGCUGGUGAAAUACAAGCUCAGCUAGAGCAUUUAAGUCAAAAAACAGAUCAUACAGAAUACAAUUGUCUAGUUAUUUGCCUUAUGUCUCAUGGUACUAUCGGACGUAUUUACGGCGUUGAUGGAAAUUCUUUAUCUAUUCAUGGACUGACAUCAUUAUUCACAGCUGAUAAUUGUCCAUCAUUAGCUGGAAAACCAAAGCUAUUCUUCAUUCAAGCAUGUCGUGGUGAAGACUAUCAAAAAGGGUAUGUUUUACAAAGACAAUCUGCUCAGGCUGUUCACACUGACAACGACUUCAACAAUCUACUGCUAGCCGAAGAAACUACUGGCAACUUUAUUCAGAAUAACUUGUCAAUCAUAAAUCCAAGAAUAUCAGUUUCAGAUGCAAAAUUAAUUGGUUUUAAAUUAGACAAUCUGUUCAAUAGUUCAAAAUCAUUGGAUACAAACAGUGUUCAGUUAAUUCCAGCUUAUGCAGAUUUUUUAUUAAGUUAUGCUACUGUAGCAGGUUUUCGAGCACAAAGAGAUCCAACUGGUGGUACUGUUUAUAUACAGGCAUUAUGCAAACGAUUAUACAGGUGGUCUUCACCAAAUGAAAGUCUUUUAGAUAUAGUUACAGCUGUACACCGUGAAGUUAGCAAACAACUUUAUCAGGAAAUGUCUUCUCAACAGGUGAAAGAAAACACCGAAUUAUUCCUUCAAAUUCCAGAAGUCAGGCAUACAUUAACGAAGAAAAUAUGUUUCAAACGAUAAUGUAUAAUAAAAUUAUGCAC